AUGAAUCGACCGGCACUACUUCGCUUGCUUGCCCAUAAAUCUAAAGCCUCACUCGAACUAUAUGACCUCCACAUUUCCUGCUAUGUCAAACCCAAUGCCGCCGCAAACCGCGCGGGUGUGACCAAGGUGGGGACAGACCGGGUUGAUGUUUCCGUGGCGGUAGCUCCGCGUGAGAAUGCUGCCAAUGCUGCUGUUUCGGAGAUCAUAGCUGAGGAAGCCAGAUUCGAGAUACUAAACGCCGUCUACGAGUAUACUUCACGACUCCGUGGGCUGCGUGAAUCCCGUGACAUCCAAAUCCACUUUUCUGCCGCGACGAUAGCACUCGGUCUGCAGUUUGCGCACCUCAACACUCGACCAGCCAAGAGAAUUAUAACCAGCCAAAGCAUGGAGAUGACGACAGAGCUUUCUUCCUCGGCACCCCUCAAGCGGAAAGCCGAAGGGACAAGCUCAAACACAAUUCACUUCACCUCGCGCAAUCCGCCCUGGACCUACCUCAAGCUUCAACUUAUUCCCCAGCCAGAUUCCUCCUCUCCACAGCCCCUCGAUGCUCUCUCUGCACGCACCUACCUCUCCUCCGCCUUGUCGCAAUUCCUCGGAGUCACGGGAACCGCGAUUCCAGUCGAUAUUCUAAAGGUUGAGAACAAGGCGACAACGAGCAACGCCGAUCAAAGCACAUCCUACUCUACCAUCGGAAGCAAAUACGACUGUGCCUGGGUACGCGUACCACGUGAAGACUCGGCAGCCGUCGUGGCAGCCCUCAGCUCAUGGAUUGGCGGUGGAAGCGGCAAUGGUGCUAAUGUCGCAUGGAGAGUUUGUGCAAAGGGGAAUUAUCUGGGUGCCCUGGUUUCAGGAUCCGGGGCAGACUUAUUCGUUCCGUGA